CGUUCUCCGCACGGGUCUGUCCGUCUCUGUCCGUCUCUCUGUCUUUCUCUCUCAAACACACUGCUGCUCCUCCAUCCUCCCCGUACACACUCUCCAGCUCCGGUGGUCAGUGGUCAGAGCGCGAGAUCGAGGCGCGUCCGUUCUCCGACCCGUCUGUUGAACUGGAGAAAUGAAGAAGCGACACCUCCGUCUGAGGGAAAUACACAGUUCUCCGAAAGAGCUCCAGUAACAAAGAUACAGUGGAUGUGUCAUUGCCACAGCUCGCUUUGAGGCGCUGUCAUGCUGUUCAGGGCUCAAAGUGAUCUUUCAUGAAACUCAGACUGCGCCCAAAGGCUCAUCUUGUCUCCGCGGGACCAUGGACAAAGAGGACACGCGUUCCUCGCCCGCUUCUCCGUCCGCGUCGUGCGUGUGGUCACCGGCCUCAUCCACGCUGUCCGUGCUGUCCGCGGGGAAGAACACGUGCGCCAACUGUGGCCUCGAGAUCCUGGACCGGUACCUGCUCAAGGUGAGCGACCUGAUCUGGCACGUGCGGUGUCUCGAGUGCUCCGUGUGCCGAACAUCUCUGCGCCGACACGGCAGCUGUUACGUGAAGAACAGGGAGAUCUUCUGCAAAGUGGACUAUUUCAGUAGGUUUGGUACAAAGUGUGCCCGCUGUGGACGGCUUAUCCAUGCCAGCGACUGGGUGCGACGGGCGAGGGGGAACACCUACCACCUGGCUUGCUUUGCCUGCUUCUCCUGUAAGCGGCAGCUCUCGACAGGCGAGGAGUUUGGCUUGGUGGAAAACAGGGUGCUGUGUCGCAGCCACUAUGACACCACUGUGGAGACCCUGAGCUGGGCAGCUGGCAACGGCGAUGGGAUCCCACUAGAGGGGGCAGUGCCCUCUGAGCUGGACAGUCCACCCAAGCCAGCCAAGAGGGCACGCACAUCCUUCACAGCAGAGCAGUUACAGGUGAUGCAGGCACAGUUUGCACAGGACAAUAACCCCGAUGCACAGACGCUCCAGAAGCUGGCAGACCUCACAGGGCUGAGCAGGCGCGUCAUCCAGGGCAAGACACAAAAAGCACUCCCCCCAGCUGAACGGAACCACACAGCCCAGGUCACAGACACGAAUGCCCCCCUCGCUCCCGGACGACUUUCGUUAUUCCCCUUUCGGCAUCCCCGAGAGAUCACACAUUAUGGCUCUGCAUGGAUAUAUGGAAAGUCAUCACUUCUCUCUGCUGACUGCCCCAAUACACCCCCAGCAGGUGUUGACCCUGCCCCAGCUGCCACUCAGCCGUUAGGCUUUUCCUCCCAGUCGCCAUGGACGUUCAGUUCUUCACUACGCCCGUCUCCGGCCGAUUUAAGAUACAGCAAAAUUUUGCUUGCGCUAAAGUAAAAAGCAUUUGUUUCCUUUGGCGAGAAAAAUCUCAGGGAAAGUUGUGCUUUUUCAACUCGGGAAAACCACAGGAUCGGCCUUCGAGAACGUUGAACUUUGGGUCUGGAAUUCUGUUCGUAACAGCCCCGCUCUCGCGAGUCCUUUCCUGGCAGUAAAGGAGAUCUUUCCUUAAUCUGUUUUAAUCUGUUUUUCAAUUUACAGCACGGGCUCAUGUUGAGUAGUUACUUUGUGGUAGUUUCCUUCAUUCUUCCCAUUUCCACAAAGCGUCCGUCAUGUGUGCCGAUGGACUUGCUGCCCACAUUCCUCAGCGGACAGUUUAUGAGGCGACGGAGCGCGAGUGCUUUCACGUUGAAAUCCUCCUUGGGAUAUCCUGGACCUGCUGCGCACUGUGUGUGCGUCCGCGUUCCGUGAUUAAUUUUGGAUAAAAUAACAUCGCAAUCCAGCAGGGGAAAGGGCUUUCUUGUCAAUCCCAUCUGUUUUUUAAAAAAAGUGGAAUAUAUGCUUAAGUUCUCGAGAGAUCAGAAAAUACUUUCUCACAAAAUUAACUAUUACGUUUGACAAUUCAGUGUU